AUGACAGAUCCGGUUAUGUUGCAGUCGGCCGUGCGAGUGCCCACCCCUCCACCAGGCACGUCGUACUCUCCCCAGCCUUCUGCGUCACGAAAACGUUCUCCUCCUUCUCGUUCCCCUUCACCAAACCGUCGCCGGUCGCCGCCCGGUGACUCCCUCAAGGAAGACGGUCAUGCGCCCCGUGUCGACCCUGAGCGUGCGAUGGAGAGGGAGCGCCAGCUCGCGGAGCGAGUUCGCCAAUAUGAGAAGCAGGAGGCGGCACGAAAACCGAUGACGGAAGAGGAGAAGCAAGCUGCGGCCAAAGCCGAGUAUGAGAAGCUCUCCAACAUGCGAUCGGGUGGUACCUAUAUCCCUCCAGCCCGGCUACGUGCGUUGCAGGCGCAGAUCACGGACAAGACCAGCAAGGAAUAUCAGCGUAUGGCAUGGGAAGCGUUGAAGAAAUCGAUCAACGGCCUCAUCAACAAAGUCAACGUAUCUAACAUAAAAUUUAUUGUCCCGGAGCUUUUCGGCGAGAACCUCGUUCGCGGUCGUGGUUUGUUCUGCCGGAGCAUUAUGAAGGCUCAGGCGGCGAGCUUGCCAUUCACCUCGAUCUAUGCUGCCAUGGCCGCCAUUGUUAACACCAAAUUGCCCCAAGUGGGUGAAUUGCUCCUCAAUCGUCUGAUCGUCCAGUUUCGCAAAGCGUUCAAAAGAAACGAUAAAGCGGUCUGCAUAUCCUCGACGACGUUUAUCGCGCAUCUGUGCAACCAACAGGUCGUGCACGAAAUGCUGGCGGCUCAGAUCCUUUUGCUAUUACUCCACAAGCCUACGGAUGACAGCGUAGAGAUCGCGGUGGGCCUCACAAGGGAGGUUGGGCAACAUUUGGAGGAGAUGAGUAGCCCUAUCGCCUUGGCGGUAUUUGACCAGUUCCGCAAUAUUCUGCAUGAAGCCGAUAUCGACAAACGAGUGCAGUACAUGAUUGAAGUGCUGUUCCAGGUCCGCAAGGACAAGUACAAGGACAACCCGGCGAUUAAGGAUGAGCUUGAUCUCGUGGAGGAGGAAGACCAGAUCACGCACCGUGUUGGCCUGGAUGACGAGAUCGAGACUCAAGACAGCCUUAAUAUCUUCAAAUACGAUGCUCAAUGGGAGGAACAUGAAGACAUUUACAAGAAAUUGAAAGCCGAGAUCCUUGGUGAGGGUAGCGACGACGAGGAAGAUGAAGACGACUCCGACGAGAGCUCAGAUGAGGAGCCCGAGGAAGAGCAGAAGAUGGAUAUUAAGGACCAAAGCAAUACCGAUCUGGUCAACCUGCGGCGAACGAUCUACUUGACGAUUAUGUCCAGCAUAGAUUUCGAAGAAUGCUGCCACAAACUCAUGAAAAUCUCACUGCCCCCUGGCCUGGAGCCAGAGCUCCCGUCCAUGAUCAUUGAGUGUUGCUCGCAGGAACGGACAUACUCGAAGUUCUACGGGUUGAUUGGGGAAAGGUUUUCGAAGAUCAAUCGUCUCUGGUCAGACCUCUUCGAAGCGGCGUUUGCCAAAUACUACGAUACCAUCCAUCGAUACGAAACCAAUCGGUUGCGCAACAUUGCUCGUUUUUUUGGCCACAUGCUCGGCAACGAUGCCAUCGGCUGGCAUGUUAUGUCGAUCAUCCACCUGAACGAGGAGGAAACGACUUCGAGCAGCCGUAUCUUCAUUAAGAUCCUCUUCCAGGAUCUGGGAGAGCAUCUCGGUCUACCGAAACUGCACGAGCGCAUGCGAGAUGAGAUCCUGCGCCCGAGCUUCGAGGGUCUCUUCCCGCUGGACAAUCCACGCAGCACCCGCUUCUCGAUCAACUACUUCACGAGUAUCGGCUUCGGUAUUCUGACGGAGGACUUGCGCGAACACUUGAAGAACCUCCCGAAGCCCACAGUUCCCGCUCUCCCUGCCCGUGCUGCAAGCCCGGAAUCCGACGUGGAAUCCGUCAGCUCUCGUUCCUGCUCGACCUGCAGCGGUCACUCCCGCGCCCGCUCCUAUUCCUACUCCCGUUCCCCCUCGCGAAGCCGUGGUCGCGGACGAUCGGCCAACCGGGGACGAUCCUAUACCCGCUCUGCCUCCGGUUCUUCUCGCCGGAGCUAUAGCUACACACCGUCAUGGUCCCGAUCUCCCGUGUCGAGAAGCCGUCGGCGCUCUGUGUCCUAUAGUCGAUCUCGCUCGCCGGUCAACCGCAGGAGGUCGUCUCGUUCCUAUGAUUCCCGACCUGCUCGGAGCGUGAGCCCAUACCCUUCCCGCCGGUCUCCAUCUCGGUCUGUUACUCCCCCUCGCAACCGGGGUCGCAGAGGUCGAAGCAUUUCGCGGUCUCCUUCACGCUCCCCGUCGCCACCUCAACGCCAGCGAGUCAGACGCUACUCAUCAGUAUCCCGGUCGCCGACUCCACCCAGCAAGCGACGUGGGUCCGUCUCGCGUAGUCCUCCCCGGCGCUCGCCUCCAGCCCAUCGUCCUCGGGGUGAUCCCAAAUUCCGUUCUCCUCGCCCGCCGCCUAAGCGUGAACAAAGACGGAGGGGAGAUUCUCGUUCUUUUUCCCGCUCGCCUUCUAGAUCCAGGACCCCGCCUCGUCGACCCCGCGCCGCGGACUUUGCUUGA